AUGCUCCUUCAAGGAUCUGUUGCGUUCCAGGAGAUUGCUUUCUUCUUAUAUCCUGACUACUAUUUUAAAGAUUGGGUUAUCUACAUGAUUAUAGCAAUGCAAACUACAUACUCAUUCUCCAGUCUCUGGUGCUCUACCUGUCUGUGUUUCUACUAUUUUGUGAAAAUCAUUAAUCUUCGAGGAACACUAUUUUACAAGCUGAAGGCAAAACUUUCAACAUUGGUGCCAUGGCUUCUAGCGUUUUCUGUUGUCCUGUCUUGGUGUGCUGGGAUGCCAGCCUACUGGGAUCUGUACCUGCACAUUUCAUUGACUACACUUAAUAUUACUGGGAAUGUAACAACGCUGGUGACUGCUAAAUACAGUAGUAGAUGCAACUGUAUGUUUGAUGUGUUCAAUGUUGUUGCUUCUGCUGCUUUCAUUAUCAUUUUCUUCACAGCUGGGGCUAUCAUCAUCUCUCUGUGUAAGCAUAUGAUGCGGAUGAGACAGAGCAAUGAAGGUCUUGGACAUUCGAAAAUGAACUCUCAUCUGUCAGCAGCCAGAACUGUAACUUUACUACUAAUAAUCUACUUGAUUUUCUAUGGCUCAUUUACUUUAAUAUACAACCCAGUAGGAUUCCCAGAUGACAUAACAAUGACUCUUUGUCUAAUUAUCGUUUCCUUUUUUCCCACCUUAAAUUCUGUUAUUUUAAUUUCCGGAAAUAGAAAACUGACGAAUCGUUUGAAGAUGCUCCUUGGUAUGCAACCUAAUGGUGUCAAUACAGAAGUCACUGUAACAACUAAUUAG